AUGAAGAAUAAUCACACCAUCACUUUUCAAGUGACAGUUAGGAAUGCAAAUACUUCACUAAAUAUAUCUGAUGAUGCAACGGUCAACAUUUUAAUUGAUGAAAAUUAUUCUGACGAAGAAACAGGAAGUGAAAUCACUGCAGUCAAGAGGGGCGCCAUACUUCCACCGAAUACUAUCGAUGUCACAUUUUCCAGAGUAUACAUCCAAGAUAAUCCAAAUUAUUGUCUAUUCGAUACAUGGUUUAUUGAUUCGGUAAUUGUCCUUCCACCUGGAAAUAAUAGUUUGAUCAUGAAAUUUUCUGGUCCGUCUCUAAAUAAUGUCUAUUACGGAUAUAUACAAUAUUUGUUUGCUUACUACAACGGUUCAAAUAUAGCAAAUAAUUAUCCUGUGAAGUUCAGUAACCUCACAUACUUGAACAAGAAUUCCUCGCCUUCAAGUUUCGUAAUGACAAGUCAAAUACUCGUUUCAUCUGCUCCUGCGGAUGAUGAGAAGAACUUCAGUAUUAGGAUGAGAUUCAAAACUGGUCUUUUUCCUGAAAGGACGCCUCCUCCAAUGGGUGCCAGUUUAGUAGUUACAACGGAAGCAUUACUGACUCCAAAAAUUACCGUGGAUUUUUCCAUGGUUGUCUCUUCAAACUGUCCAACUCAAUAUGAUGCAGUUAAUUUCAUAAAGUGUCCUCAGUCGGUUAAUUAUGGUGGAGUCUAUGAUUAUUCUGUGAACUUCUUUAUAAGUAGACCAAUAGGAGAUUAUACGUUCACAUUCAGCACUGAUCAAUACAGUGCUUCGAUUGGACAUAUAUCUUUAACUCUACCUCCAACAUUUGCUACCUAUCCAGAAGGCUACAAAAUAAAUACGGAGGAAUUCGUUACAUCGAAUGCCGUACUGACAACUUUCGGCUACGUAAGUGUUACAAAUCUACUGAGUCUAGGGGCUUAUGAUACUUCUCUAUCAGUGUCCAACCGCUCAGUUCUUCUAACAGUUUUUAUUCAGAUCUCUAACUAUGGCUUAAUAUCAACCAGGUUUGAAGCAAAGGUCUCACCGACAGGAGAAAAUUCUACGGUGAAUGUUUGUGAGAGUCAAGUCUCCUCAUUUACAAAUUACAUUGCGCCUGGAAAAAACUUUAUUUCAAUAAAGGAUAUUCCAGUCUUGAAUCAGGUCGAAAAGACUCAAUUCUUCACAGUUCAACUAACUGUCACACCAAAUACAUAUUCUUACUAUAUUCUUGAGGCCAAAAUCCAAAAUAAAAUACUUGGAGAAGUGUGUUACAUUGAUUACUUGCUAGAAGAAAACAAUCAAACACGAAAAGUUAGAUUAAUAUCAGAAUACACUAUAUUGAACUCACGAAGAAGUGGGAGUAGUACACCACUUGGUAUAUUCGAAAAUAAAAGUGCCCGGAAUAUCACUUAUAAUUUUGUGUUUGGAAUCAAGUUAUGCUAUGACACCAGUUACGUAACGGGUGAUGUGAUCCAAAUACAAUUUACUUUAAGUACAGAUAAAUUGGCUGUGAAUACACAGAAUGUUGUAUUUUCAAUAAAUUCUAUGGUCCAACCACCAUCGAUUAUUCCUCCGUCCAAAGUUCCAACACUUACGAUUGAAAAAAUAGAACCACGAAAUUCACAACCACUGGUCAACUUUGCCGCCAUUGUUGAAUGUCGUGUGAAAUUUUCUGAGGAUUUAGUUUACACAGCAGUCACUCUCGUGAUACAAGCGAAUCCAGCUUAUGGUAUCAUAAUUAGAAAAAAUAUCCAGACAGUUGGAUAUUUAUUAAGAACUAUGGCUCCUGUUUCGCCUUCUUACAUUACGAAACCAGAUUCAAUUAUAGCACAACUUAACACGGUAUACUUUAACGAAACAUGUACUGACUCUCAGUGUGAUAUAGCAUUUCGUUAUUCAGUAAUGCCAAUCACCACCAUGCCAUUCGUUAUCACCUUCAAGCUUUCCACCCUUGGAUCUUUGUUCACGAAGACAUUAACAAUCACUGCUCAAACUAACUAUUCUAUUCAGAUGCCAAAGAGCCAAGAACCGCAAGUGCAGUUAGUAUCCCUUGAACCGAUGACUACUAAAAAUCAACUUGUACCGAACGCCUAUACGUGGCUAAAGUUAUCCUUAAUUCCAAAACCGAAUUUAUGGGGGACAAUAGAUUUUCGACUUUAUGCACCAGGUUCCUUCAAAGAAUACAUAUUUUUAAAUCCACGAUUCAAAACUCAAUGCUCAACAUUACCGUUUAUCAGCUUAUCAGCAACUGCUAUAGAUAAUAUGGUUUAUAUUAACGUGGAGAGAACUUAUUAUGAAGGAAUUGUAAAUGAUUCAACAUUAUCACUAACAAAUGAGAUAAGUUAUCACAUUCCAAUGUUUACUGCUAAUUAUAACAAGGUACCGAUAAAUUUCACUUACAAUAUGACAAUUGGUUCCUAUUCUACUUCUGGUAGCUUUAUGUUUAUUACUACUACUCCAGCAGUAAUCGUACCGUCUAUCUAUACAUUUUAUCGUUUUCCCUUUGAUGAUCCCAAAUCUGUAUAUACCAAAAUGUGCACUGGAGAACCGGUUGAUAUAAUAGCAGUUACAUAUCCAAAGGAGAAGCGUUGCUCAUACAUAACUCAAUGGAUAAAUCGGCUUUUAAAUAACAAUAUUGCCUUGAAUAUAUCUAGGGUGUGGUUGUCGCGGAAUGGUGGGGGUGUGUGGAUACCAAGAGGAUUUACCAUUAAUAUGACCUAUGUGGAUAGUUUGGUGAGAGUGGAUUUCGGCCCAGUGUGUCCUACAUAUGAAGCUAAUUAUUUCAUGGAUAUACAAUUUACUACUUACAUAUUAGGGGAUUGCAAUACAACACAGACAACAACGUAUUCUUUCCCAGGCUGGUAUAAUAUGAGUGGUAAUAAAAACACUCUUUAUUCACCCAGCAUGGACUUCGUAGUCAUACCAAAUUUUCCAGUUUACAUUGACAUACUGGUCGAAUUACUUCCAAUCAGAGUUAACCUUCAGCCAGGUGGAAGAACAACUAUUACUGUGAAGUAUAUAUUUCCACUGAAUUCCACUUAUCCAAACUCGUCUGUAGAAAUUAGUGGAGGUGGAGCAAAUGAUAACAAUGAGACCAUAAUAAGUAUCAUUGAUUUCAGAAUAAGCUUGGGUUCAAAUUUAGUCCCACUGACAACUGUUUAUUCAUCUACCUAUGAACCAAAUAAUCAGACAGGCCUAAUCGAUCACCUGAUAAUUCGCUUUAAAAAUAUCUCUAAUAUCGGAACCGUUAGUGUACCUCUAAUGCGCAACACUGCCAUCCUUUCAGUGGAUAUCCAGUUAAGUGAUAGUAAAAGUGUUGAAAAUGGGACUGUCUGGUUGCUGCAGUUUGCUGGUCGUUUCAAUAAUAUUACAAAACUCACCAACUUAUCUGUAACUUGUGUAAGAACUGGCUUGGAAAAACCUUCAAUUAAAGUUAUACCAUCUCAAUUAUCACUGGUUGCAUCCAAUGAUUGCCCUGAUCGCGAUGAAGUUUAUCUUCAAACUCUGGUUCAAAUGAUGAACGGUACCGGAUUGGAAUGCGAAAGACAGUCAAUAAUAUUCUAUCUCAGUCCACAGAUACAGUCAAUUGACGUAUUUAAUAAAACGGGGAAUACAGAUGAUAUAACAUUGAAAACUGCUUUAAAUCCAGUAUCCAAGUCGGUUCAGUUCACAACUGGUCAUUUAUACUUUGGUAAAAGCUACACAGCUAUCUUCCGAUUGAAAUUCAAAUCGUCUCGGACAUCUGUUGAAAAAUACCCAGUUCUAAUCGAAGUUGUAUGUAAACCGUAUGAACGCAAUAUUUCUGUCUUUAGUGGCUGUGUAAGAUCAAAAUUUUACAAAUUUAGAUCUCAUAUACAUGUAGAACUUGACUACCAUACAUACUCAUAUCCAUGUGAUUUACCUCAUUACAAGGCAUUGCGGAAUCCUGCUGUGCCGUUGCCUAGUCGUCAGUCAGAUACAUUCUUAAAUGUUCGUGAUCGUCUGUUUUAUUGUGGACGUGCAUUUAAUAUGAAGGGGUCAUUCGAUUUGGAGAAACGUUGCUUUAUGAUUAGCAAAUUACCUGACAGAAUAUGGAUCGACAUGGGACCAUUUGUUGAACAGAUUAUAGCGUACACAAAUCCACUUGGCAUAUUGUUCGGUUUGGGAGCAAAUGGUGGAGGUGUAAUGAUGAGUAAGAACUUUGGAAAAACAUGGAUUUCAAUCAACUCAUUCAUGUAUCAAAACACUUUGAAUACGUCAACUGAAAUCAUUACAGCAAGUGUCGUACCAUGGAUUUCAUCAACUGGAUCAAUUGACAAUACACUGUUUGAGUCAUUUUGCAAGAUGCGAGUGGCUGAACAAUGGAAUGUUUGCAUCAACCAAAUCUAUGCCAACCAAAUGUUGUUAGCUAAUUGGACUUACACAUGUCCGAAAAUCAAGCUGUUUUAACCAACCAAUUAUCUCCACCGGAAAUACGAACAUUGCUUAAACACUGGUGAAUUUAAGUCGUGUUAGAUUCAGGUUGUAUACGAUUAUGUAGUUGUCAGUUAAUUUCUAUUUAUACUGUUGUCUUAUUAUUCAUCUAAAAAUUUACCUAUUUUUAAUUAAUUACAUGCUUGUAAAACUUCA